AUGGAAGACGAAAUCGCCGCUCUCGUUGUUGACAAUGGAUCCGGAAUGUGCAAAGCCGGAUUUGCCGGAGACGAUGCUCCACGUGCCGUCUUCCCAUCGAUCGUUGGCCGUCCACGUCAUCAAGGAGUCAUGGUCGGCAUGGGACAAAAAGAUUCUUAUGUUGGAGACGAGGCCCAAUCGAAGAGAGGAAUCCUCACUCUCAAGUAUCCAAUUGAGCACGGAAUCGUCACCAACUGGGAUGAUAUGGAGAAGAUCUGGCAUCACACUUUCUACAAUGAGCUCAGAAUUGCUCCAGAAGAGCAUCCAGUUCUCCUCACUGAGGCUCCAUUGAACCCAAAGAGUAACAGAGAAAAGAUGACUCAAAUCAUGUUUGAGACCUUCAACACUCCAGCCAUGUACGUCAACAUUCAGGCUGUUCUCUCCCUUUAUGCUUCCGGAAGAACCACCGGAAUCGUUCUUGAUACCGGAGAUGGUGUUACCCACACUGUGCCAAUCUAUGAGGGAUAUGCUCUUCCACAUGCCAUCCAACGUCUUGAUCUUGCUGGACGUGACUUGACCGACUACAUGAUGAAGAUCCUCACCGAGCGUGGAUACACCUUCACCACCACCGCCGAACGUGAAAUCGUUCGUGACAUCAAGGAAAAGCUCUGUUACGUCGCUCACGACUUCGAGUCUGAGCUCGCUCAAGCUGCUUCAUCUUCCUCUUUGGAGAAGAGUUACGAACUUCCAGACGGACAAGUCAUCACCAUCGGAAACGAGAGAUUCCGUUGCCCAGAAGUUCUCUUCCAACCAGCUUUCAUCGGAAUGGAAGGAGCUGGAAUCCACGAGACCACCUACCAAUCCAUCAUGAAAUGUGAUGUUGACAUCAGAAAGGACUUGUAUGCCAACACUGUUCUCUCUGGAGGUACUUCCAUGUUCCCAGGAAUUGCUGAUCGUAUGCAAAAGGAGAUUCAACAUUUGGCUCCAAGCACAAUGAAGAUUAAGAUUAUUGCUCCACCAGAGCGUAAAUACUCCGUCUGGAUCGGAGGAUCCAUCCUUGCAUCCCUCUCCACUUUCCAACAAAUGUGGAUUUCCAAGCAAGAAUACGACGAGUCUGGCCCAUCAAUCGUUCACCGCAAAUGCUUCUAA